GUGUUGAUGGCUUUUGAGUGGCCUCAUACUCAUAUGAAAUCCAACUCCACCGUCUGCAAGUGGCAAGGUAUCACUUGCAAUGAUGGUGGUCGUGUUACAGAGAUAAGCCUGCAAACUCAAGUAGGAUGCACUACUAUUCCUUGGUGUCACGAUCUUCGCUAUUUGGAUCCGCUUGUUUUCACAUCUCUCACCAGCAUUCAUCUCGCCUCAUGUGGUCUCUAUGGACUUAUUCCAUCACAAAUAGGUUACCUCUCCGACCUAUCUUAUCUCAAUUUCUCGAAUAAUCUACUCACUUCUGAGUUACCUCUUUCAUUGGCAAAUCUGAGUAAAUUACUUGUGCUCGACCUCUCUUCUAAUGAGUUUUAUGGUGUCAUUCCACCUGACAUAGGAAGCUUAUCCAAACUUACUCAUCUCAAUUUGUCAUACAAUCGACUCCAAAGUGAGGUGCCUUUCAUAUUGGUAAAUCUGAGUGAAUUACUUGUGCUCGACCUCUCUUCUAAUGAAUUUUCUGGUGUCAUUCCACAUGACAUAGGAAGCCUAUCCAAACUUACUCAUCUCGACUUGUCAUACAAUUCACUUUGGAGUGAGCUGCCUCUUUCACUAUCAAAUCUCACUAACUUAGAGGUGCUUCUCAUUUCUUCUAAUAGCAUUUCCGGUGCCAUUCCUUCGGGAAUAGGGUACCUCCUUCAUUUGAUUGCUCUUGAUUUGAGCAACAAUUACAUCAAUGGCUCUUUGCCCUCUAUUAUGAGCCAAUUAACAAGAUUGGAAAUCUUGAAAUUGGAUGGCAAUAGGUUGGAAGGGGUUUUUGAAGCAGGAAUACACAUGCUUCCUUGUAUCACAACCAUAGGCCUCAGUAGGAAUUCUAUGUAUGGACAGAUACCUAUUCCGUUUGGAGAUGUUCCUAAUGCAAAGUUUCUCGAUAUCAAUCUUUCAGUGAACCAUCUUUUUGGUGAAAUCCCUGAAUCUGUUUCACGUUUGCAUGGAAUUGAUUUGUCCUUCAAUAGUUUGGAGGGCCACAUUCCACCCGACGUGUGGCUUAGAUUUGGGAGAGAAUCGUUCCUUGGGAAUCUCAAUUUAAAUCUUCCGACUACAUCCACAAUUGAUGUGGAAAUUCUUUACUAUGUAAUCUUUGUGUUUUUCAUUUUCUGUGGAAUCUAUUUCAUAUUCUCCAAAAGAAGGGAGAAGAAAUCAGCAUCAGUCACACCUCGUCCCAAACAUGGAGACAUAUUCACAAUUUGGAAUUUCGAUGGCAACAUCGCCUAUCAAGACAUUAUUGAAGCAACUGCAGACUUUGACUUGAGAUACUGCAUCGGAAUUGGAGGCUAUGGGAGCGUCUACAGAGCUCUACUGCCCACCGGAAAAGUUGUUGCCGUUAAGAAGCUUCACAGAUUUGAAGGAGAUAAUCCUACUUUUGACUCCUCUUUUAGGAAUGAAGCCGAGGUUCUCUCUCAGAUUCGCCAUCGCUAUAUUGUCAAGCUUUUUGGCUUUUGUCUGCACCAACGGAGCAUGUUUCUCAUCUACAACUACAUGGAAAGAGGAAGCCUCUUUAGCGUGUUGAAGUAUGAUGACGAAGCCGUGGAGCUGACCUGGAAGAAGAGGGUAAAUGUGGUGAAGGGCAUUGCAAAUGCCCUAUCUUACAUGCAUCACGAUUGCAGCCCACCUAUUCUACACAGAGAUGUAUCGAGCAGCAACAUACUCUUGGAUUCAGAGUUUGAAGGUUGUUUAUCUGAUUUUGGGACAGCAAGAUUGUUGGAUCCAGAUUCAUCCAAUCAAACAGUACUUGUGGGAACUCGGGGCUAUAUAGCACCAGAGUUGGCCUUCACAAUGGUGGUUACAGAAAAAUGUGAUGUGUAUAGCUUCGGAGUUUUGGCAUUGGAAGUCAUGUUUGGAGACCACCCGGGGGAUUUCGUUUCCUCCAUGAUGAUGAUGAAGAGAUCCACGCAGUUUGCUCAAAACAUGAUGGUGCAACAACUCAUUGACAAGAGGCUACCAUCUCCGGAUGAAGAUGUAAGAGUGUCAAGGGAAGUGGCUGGAGUGGUGAAAACAGCACUGAAAUGCAUUAGCUCUGAUCCAAAGUCGAGGCCGUCAAUGAAGGAGGUGGCUCAGGAACUUGCUAAGCAUCCACCACGAUUGCCAAUGCCUUUCCGCUCCAUAUCAGUGCUUCAUCUCAUGCACUCAGACUGAGCUCACAACUGCCUUAAACUGCCUCUUCUUGAAUAAAGAUUAAAUGUUUUGGUGUAUGAUGCAUCUUCGUAAUAGUUAAGUAGCUCCACUCUUAACAUAUUUAUUAAACUCCAACAGGGAUCUUUAUUAGUUAAGCAACAUGUAGCGUUGGUUCCAUUGUUGAAAACAACAAAAAGAAAUUCUAAUAA